ACUGUUAUCGUAUGGAUACAGCAAGAAGUACGGCCCUCUUUCUGACGUCAUCCCCCGCUCGGUCAGCAAACCAUCGCCGACAAAUAAAACCACUGGCUCACGGCGCUUAAACUGGCCAAGAUGGAGCCAUGGCAGCGAAACAUACGCAGGAUACACCAAGUCAGCGAGGUCCUCGACCUCGACCCUCAAAAGUCCGACAUGAUCGCCGAUUUCGUCGCUCUCAUCCAGGCAAUCCGCGAAGGGCUUACGCAAAUCGACGAAGAUUCCUAUAUACCCGAUUCGCAGAUCAAUACGCUCUUUCUGACAAAGCUCAAGGAAUGCCCUGAUUGGAGUGACUGGGCAUCUGCCAUGCUGCGAGACGGUCGGAUGUGUUCCUCCAAUCCUGCGGAGCAGGUGACCUUUCAAGAGCUGGCCCAAUUGGCCAUGGAGCAAGAGAAAGCCCGUCAGCGGCGGGGAAGGAGUGCAUGGAGUGAUGAUCAUGGUGCUGCCAAGAGGGGAAUUGUAUCGUCGUCGGAGAUGCCGGAAGAUCCUCGUGCUCUCACUCAGGAUGAGAUCAACGCAUUCGUUGUCAAACAGAUGAACAAGGAUGAGGCGCUCCAUAGUCGCAGUGGAAGUGUCCGGAGACAUGCUAAGCGGCCCAGUCAGGAGGAAAUCAACGAUUACGUGGUCGAACAGAUGCGUCGAGAACGGGAGCAGGCUACAAGGAAUCGAAGUUACAGUCAACCAAUGCAGGGCGGACCUGUUCAACGACCGGUGCAGAUGCGCUGUACCUUCUGUGGAGAUAGAAAUCACCAGCUUUCAAACUGCUGGCGGAGAUGGAGAGUUGCUGUGGAAGCUCCAAAUGGGAAUUACUUGCCUAAGCGUGUGGAGUAUAGGACUGAGUUUCCGGGUCAACCACCCAUGUAUCGCACGGGUUUCACGCUCUUCUAAACCGUGUAAGACAUGAAAUGGGUUUUGAUCGUUUUACGAUAUUACUUUCGUUUAUCAGCGACUGGAGUUCAGCCAUGAGCGUGGAGUUUGGAGUCGCAUAGCAUCAUGUUUUCCUAUUCUGAA